AUGAAGGACGAAAGGUGUAUUUUUGUUAUUUUUCCUGAUGUUACUAAUAAUUUUAAAGAUGAAGAAGUCAUAAAAAAAUUAGAGGAAAAAAAUUUCAUUAUUUUAAAGAAAAAGAAAGUUCACUUAACAGAAAAUGAUAUAAAAGAAAUAUUUAAUUAUAAACCUGAGCAAUAUAAACAUAUAAAUGAAUUUUAUGAGUACAUAGAAAGUGGGGUGUCUGUUAUUUCUUUGCUCGAACAUAUGGAUGGAGAUACAUCAACAAAAUUAAAUUCUUUAAUUAAGAGCACGUCCAUCUUGAUAAAGGACGAGAAAUACUUUGAAUGCUUGGAAUAUCAGUGCAAUUUGAAGUGCAGAAACAUCCCCUUUUAUUUUAGCAAGAAUAACUGGUAUUUUAGCAGAGACCUGAACUAUUUUUUCCCGUUAUAUAACAAUAACAAUUUGGAAAGAACUUUAAUAAUAUUAAAACCAGACAUCAUAGAACAGAAUAACAUAAGUAAUAUAAUUAACGAUAUUUUAAACUUCGAUUUAUUAAUAGUAGCUAUAAAAAGGGGAACACUAUCCAUUGAUCAUGCAAAUAAAUUAUAUGAAGAUUCAUUAAAUAAGCCUUAUUACAACUCUCUGAUAGACUUCAUGACCUCUUCCAAGGGGAUAGUCUGCUUGGUAAUAGAAGGCAGGAACUGUAAAAAACGAGCACACAUUCUUUGCGGUCCCCCUGUAUCAGAGGUUAAUUUUGACGACAUGCCAAAAAGUUGCCUAAAAAGAAAAUAUGGAACUAGCGAAAUCAGAAAUGCCGUGGACAAAAUAGACAAAGAAAUAGAUCUAUUUUUCGGUGAUGAUAACUUUAAGUGUGAAAAGGGAAUUAUAUUAAUUAAAAAAAGCGCAUUAGAUCCAAAAGAUUUAAAUAAUUUGAGGAUGUAUUUAGACUAUUACGGAUUUCAAAUAGUAGAAGAAAAAAUAAUAUCAAUGAAGGAUGAGAGUAUAAAUAAUACGAUGGAAGAAGAAGAAAUUAGGAAUAUGUGUAUGAGUGAAGAAUAUAUAAUAACUAUUAUGGUAUCGAGAAUAAACUGCAUUAUGUGUCUUUAUUAUUUAAUGGGAUUAAGUACUGUAAAAGAGUCUGUAUUGAAAAGACCAAGAAGUAUAAGAAGUAUAUUUUUUAAAAAUGAUGAUGAUAUAUUAUUUGUAAAGGAUAGCAAGAAAAUAAAUAAUCUUGUAAAGAAAUACUUUACUUUUGAAAAAUAUAAUAACAUUAUUACAACUGAUAUGGUGAAGAAUUUUAUAUUUUGUAAAAGUGUUACUAAUUGGAAGCAAGAUGAAGAAAAUAUAAAAUUGAAAGAUAUCCUAUUGGACUGUUUUACUAAAAUUUGUGAACUGAAACCAAAUGAAGAUUCAGCCAUAUCAUGGAUAAGCAAAUGGCUUAACCAAAAGGGGAAGGAGAUAAAUGAACAAGUAAGAAAUAAAGAGGAGGUACAAAAAAAAAAGGAAAUGCUGGAUUUGUUCAAAAAUAAGAAGCAGAGAAAAGAAGGAGAAAAAAAAACAAAUGAAUCAAAAAAAAUAAAUCACAAUGAGGAUAAUGAAAAAGAUACAAAUGACAAUUUUAAUAUAUCAUUGAAACAUACUGUUGAAGUGAUAAAACAAGAUACGUGUAAUAAAAAAUUUGUGUUAAUACAUCAGAUCUGGAUGGACGAAGAUACACAGGGAAGUGAAGACAGGGAUAAUGAAAGGGAUAAGUUAAAAAUUAUAAAACAUCUUGAAAAAUUAAAUUAUGUUAAUUUAAAUUUUAGCGAAUUAUGUGAAAAAGAAGAAAAAAAUAAUACUCUGCUUGGAAAAAAAAUUGAAUACACUAAGAGGAAAUACAAACAUUUAACCGUUGACUUAAUAAAACGUAUUUUAAAAGAAAAUAUAGAUGUAAAUAAGUCGUAUAGUAAUUACAUAGUAACAGGUUUUAAAAAUAUUGUAGAUUAUUCUUACCUAACUAGGGAGGAUAUAAUACCGAGCUCCUUUUGUGUAUUAGUCGUCAGGGGAGGGAAACAUCUCCAUAGGGAUGAAUCAGGCGAAGAAGACAGAACGACCAUAAAAUACAAACCGUUCUUAGAACUUUUGCAUAGGGAAAACCAGAAUGGAAAUGAUGACUAUGAGAAUGACAAAAGUGGAUAUUUGUUAAGGACGUUUUUAAAUAAAGGAAAAAUAUUAAUAUAUAGAAAUACACAAAAUUAUUUCUGUGAAUUUAUAAAAUUGUUUCAAAAUGAAAUUGUUCUCUUUUUUGGAAUAAACACUAAUCAUAUAAAAAAUAUAAUUUUAUUCCUUGUACAUAAUUAUAAUUAUUAUUUUAUAAAAUAUGAUAUGUUAGUUAAGGAGGAAAAGAAGAAGAAAAGAAAAAAACAUAGUAAUAACAUGCAUGUGUGUGAUGGUCAAAAUUAUUCAUCUUCUGCUAACUUGUUUUCUAUUCUAAUUGAAAAAAUAAUGAUUUUAAUGAACAGAGAUUAUAGGAAGUUUAUUUUAUGUAAUUUUUUCCUUACCCCACAGCAGUUAGAAGUUCUAAAUCAGAGAGUUAACUCUAGGUUGAUUUUCUUCCAUUUUAAGUGCAAAGUUGACGUGGACUCACGAGAGAUUGCCAAGGGGGGAAGACUCAUAUUAUCACCGCUGUACGGGAGGGGAAAUAACAAAAAAGGGUUGAACAGUGGUGUGGUGAGUAGCAGUAUGAUGAAAAGCACCAUGGUAAAAGACAGCGCGCCAUAUUAUUGCAUGCGUACCAGUGCAAAAAUAGUAGAAGACAAAGACUUCAUUACAUUUACUAUUAAAAAUGAUGCAGAAAAGAUGCUGGACUGUACAUCCUUUCUAUUUGAUAUAAUACAAGUAGCAAAAAGGAAAAUAAUCCUUAUUUGUAAUUUAACGACUGCAAAUGUAAAUUUCAUAGGUCUCUAUCUACAGUAUGAAUAUCCUAAUAUUGCAUUUUGCGACUUGGAUUUCAUAAAUGAACAUGACAGGUAUGUGGUUGAGCAGAGCUCACUAGGAACACUUGUGGAUGAUGCAUUUUAUACAGAAAAGGGGAAUAGUAAAAACAUAAGUAGUAUAGAUGUAAUAAUAAAUAAAAUGAAAAAUGUUUGCUCUAAAAUGAAUGCAAGCUAUUUUGUUUUUUCAAACUUCCCAUGUAAUUUACAGCUUGAGGAGUAUCAAAAAUUGCAAUUUUUUUUUGACAUAAAAUUAUGUAUCCUGAUAAGUAAGCAGGGGGAUAGCUGCAUAGGUAGUACAAACAUUUCGGGUUUUUGCGAAUGCCCACUUUCUACCUUAUUCUAUUAUUUCGAUAGCAGGGGGUGCUUGUUGAUGAUAGACUUGGGAGAAGCUAGUGUAGUGGGAGAAGCGAGUGUAGUGGGAGAAGCGAGUGUAGUGGGAGAAGCGAGUGUAGUGGGAGAAGCGAGUGUAGUGGGAGAAGCGAGUGUAGUGGGAGAAGCUAGUGUAGUGGGGGUAGCAAAUGUAAUGGGAGAAGCGAGUGUAGUGGGAGAAGCGAGUGUAGUGGGAGAAGAGGGAAGACCAGAGGGGAUAAAGAAUAUCCACAGUGAUGAAACUGCAGAGCAAACUAGCAGCAAUUCGGGGGUAAUAGAAGAGAGGGGGAAAGGAGUAGGUAUAAGUAUUGAUAGAGAAAAAUGCGUAGUGCAAAACAAAUUAGAUGGUAAUAUUUUGGUGCAGACGUCUCAUGAGGAGUCUAUUACAGUAAAGAGGAGUACAACUGACAAUAGUAACAUGGCUAGUCACAAAAAAAAUGGGAAAAAAAAAAGUGAAGUGGGUGAAUUAAAUGAUGAGAUAAAAAAAAAAAUAUUAAAAAAAAUUGAAGAGAGAAUAAAGCCCAAACUGAUUUGUUAUUAUGCUUCUGAUAAUUAUGAUUUAAAAAAAUUUUUAAAAAAAAAAGUUAAGAACAAUAAUCCAAAUAAUAGUACCUCGUUUCAUUAUAUGUCUUAUGAAAACGUAAUAAAGGAAUUCAUAUUAUUGAGUGAGAGAUGGCCAAAAAUAUAUUUAAAAAAAAUAAUGAAUGAUAUAAAAACGAGGAAGCAAAAAAUGAAAAAUGAAAUAUACUUAAUAAUUUUAGAAAAUGUUUUAAAACAUUCAAGUAGUUACUUAUUUUCAAAUAUUAUUUUGUGUAAUAUACCUCUUUUAAAUGACUUAGAUGAAUAUGUGUUGAACAGAUUUUUUAAUUUAAUUGAGUUUAAAAAAAUAAUUUAUUUUGUUCAUUAUACCAAAUCGGAACCAUUAACAUGUGAAGGUACACACCCUCUAGUUUUCAAUGAAGAUAGAAUAAUUCUGAACAGUAGUCCAAAGGCGGGUACUAACUUUUGUUUAGAACCUAGCAUGGAGAAUGAUCAAUGGAGUAACAGCGAUAAUGUUGAUGAAGACGGAAAAUUCAUUCUAGCUAAAGAAGCUAGCAACAAUUGGAGCACCAGAAUGGGCAGUGAUAUGAACAGGUCGAUGAACGAACAAGUCAUACACGGAGGUGACAGAGGUGUAUGUGAAGCAGAUCCGAGUAAUAAUAAUGGUAAACAAGGGGUGGGGGAAAAGAAUGAAGAAGGGAAUAAUACCCCGCCAAACGACGAAGUAGGAAGUAGUGAAGAGGGAAAUAGCGAAGGGGAAAAAGGACGGCACAACAGCAGCAACCGCUCAAGUAGCAAUGGGCAAAAAGAACAGCAUAACAGUAGAGACCGCUCAAAUAGCGAUGAGAUAAAACAACAAUAUAACAGAAAAAGCGAGAGAGUAAAAAAGUUGUUCAUGCAAAAAUACUCGGACGUUGAACAGAGCACAAUAUAUAUAAAUAAAAAGAUGCCACGUAACACUGACAGUUUGUACUUCCCCCAAAUAAUCCUUGUGUUUAUUCCGCAAAAUGAACAAUUACAAAUGUAUAUAUCAUCACUGUUAUGUUCUAAUUUAAAAAAUUAUACGCCUAUUAAUACAGCGAGCCUGAUUCGUGAAGAGAUGAUUAAGGCAAAAAUAAAAGGUAAAUUUCAGAGUUUUCAGAGAGGAAGGGAGGAAGCACAGGAAAGGGGAAAAAUCGUUAGCAGCAUUAGUACUACCACUACUGCUACUAGUAGUAGUACUACUGUUGACGAAAAGGAGAUUCGAAUGCGCACCUUUCAUUCCUUGUUUGAAAAAAUAAAAAGUGCAGACAGUAACAUAUUGUUAACAGGUUUUCCAGUUGUAAUGAAUAAAAACGAUAAUGAAAGUAGUAACGAUAAUAGUAAUAAUGAAGAUUGGAACCGUGCUAAUGGUACCCCUGAUAGUGGUAACCAUAACUGCUGUAAUAAUAAUAUGAGUGAUUACUUUUACCAACUGAACUUUUUAAAAAUUUUCAAAAUUCAUGGCAUCAUAUCUCUUCUAUUUGAUGAUAACUAUUUGAAAAGUAUUUGCCCUUCGCCUGAAAACAUUUCUAUAGACAAGUAUAACGAAAUAACAGAGCUGAUGCAUAAAGAUCUAUAUCACAAACAUAAAUUCUAUUCUGACAAAAUAGGCAAUCAUGAGAACCUAAAACACGCGCUUGAGGUGGUUAAAACGUUCUUUUCUAAGUAG